AUGGCGUCUGAGAAGCCCAAGCUGGAGGCGCUCGAAGAAGAAUAUGCAAAGAUCAACAAACUCCCUAGACUCACGAAAGCGGUGGAGCAUGUCGACAAGAUCAUCGAGUUGCUCAGUGCUGCUCGUGAGCAGGUAGCUUCAGCUCCCGAAUCCCAUACAGCCAUCACCAUCACAAAACUUCAGAAUCCCGUGAAGAGCGCAUUCGAGGCAGUAAACGAUGGGCUUAAAGGGGCAGCUGCCGCCAAUAAGAAGAUGGGAAAGGCUCUGGAUAAGUCCUUUCCUCUGAAGCCUCUCCCAACAGACCACGAUGCCAUGGCAGACCACGUGUCUCUGAUAAACAGGGCAAUCGCCAUGCACUUGCUUAGAGAAGGCCAGUUUAAAGUGGCGUCGACAUUCAUCGAUGAGGUUCAGUCAACGACGAAGCGAGAGAAUCCGGAAUAUUUAGACGAGCGUAUGGACGACGGCAACUACGACGAAGCUGCGUCGACAACGUCGAGCGAGGCCUACGACCUUUCAUCCCUCCACUCACAAGAGCUUCAAGAGAGCUUUGCAGGGAUGUACUACAUUUUACAAGAGCUAAAAGCUAGGAACCUGAUGCCUGCUAUUACGUGGGCGAGGAAAAACUCGGUCGAGCUGGAGGCACGAGGGAGCAAUCUUGAGUUUGAACUAAGCAGGCUGCAGUUUGUUUGGCUGUUCAAAGGACCUUCCGUCAACGGACUACCCGAUGACGAGAACAAUGGCCAGCGGGGUGCUCUCCAGUAUGCUCGGUCAAACUUUGGCCGUUUCCAAGCACGCCAUCUCAACGAGAUCAACCAGCUGGCAUGCUCCAUGGCAUUUGCGCCCAACAUCGCCGAGUCCCCGUACAGACAACUGUUUGCGAUUGAUACUGCCUUCAGUGAUGUUGCUUCCUCAUUUACCCGCGAGUUCUGCAGUCUGUUGGGCCUCUCGGCCGAGUCGCCACUCUACCUAGCCGCCACCGCAGGCGCGUUGGCUCUCCCACAGCUGAUGAAGUACACGCAAAAGACUCUCGCCAAGGGUACAGAAUGGACAACCUCCAACGAGAUGGCCUUUGAGACACCGCUUCCCGAGAGUAUGCUCUACCACAGUAUUUUUGUCUGUCCAGUCUCGAAGGAACAAACGACAGACGCCAACCCACCCAUGAUGAUACCCUGCGGACACGUUUUGGCCAAGGAGACGCUUCAGAAGCUGUGUAAGGGGGCCAGGUUCAAGUGUCCAUACUGUCCGUCGGAAGGUAUACUGAAGGACGCGCGGCAAAUCAUUCUCUAG